AUGGAGCAACAAAGGUCCCCUUCUCUGCGGGCGUAUCCUCUCAUCUCCGUCAUCACCAGGCAGCCCUCCGUGGUGCCCCACUUGGUCCCAGCUGCCACCAGCUCCCGUGUGCUGCCCUCCCAGGGCUCCCCAGGGGCUGCCAGCACCAAGGCCCCGGCCAGCGAGCCCCAGCCCAGCAGCGAGUCCGAGGCGGAGCAGCCGCCGCGCCUGAAGAAGCCGCGCAGGAGCAGGACCAUCUUCACUGAGCUCCAGCUGAUGGGCUUGGAGAAGAAAUUCCAGAAGCAGAAGUAUCUCUCUACCCCCGACAGGCUUGACUUGGCCCAGUCCCUGGGGCUGACUCAGCUCCAGGUGAAGACGUGGUACCAGAACCGUAGGAUGAAGUGGAAGAAAAUGGUACUGAAGGGUGGACAGGAGGCCCCAACAAAGCCCAAGGGUCGUCCAAAGAAAAACUCCAUUCCCACCUCAGAGGAGAUUGAAGCAGAAGAGAAAAUGAACAGCCAGACUCAGAGUCAGGAGCUGCAGGGACCUCAAGCCCCCGAGGAGCCUGAAUUGCCAGAGGAGAAGCCAGAAGUCUCUUUGGAGACAGAGAAGUCUCCAGAACAUAUAGCAGAACCCUCCUCAGAGGAGACGACACCGCUAAGUUAAAAGGGAAAGCAAGAGGGGAAGGG